AUGUCCCUUCUCGCCCGCACUUCUGCCGCGAAUCCUUUCUUGCUCCUACGACGCGCAUCACGAUCACGACCUACAUCAUCGAUAAUACAACAAGCACAAGCACAAGCACAAGCACCCAUCCUCACCAAAGGCUUUACGAGAAGAGGCUUUAGCAAGACUACUGCUGCGAACAUGGGUGUCCAUAACUUGAAGACCAAGGAUGAGUUCGAGGCUGCUAUCAAUGAGAACAAGAUCGUUAUCUUGGAUUGCUUCGCUACUUGGUGCGGACCUUGCAAGGUGAUUGCGCCUCAGGUUGUCAAGUUCUCGGAAGAAUUCCCCAAGGCGCACUUCGCCAAACUCGAUGUCGACGAGCUUCCCGAGGUCGCCCGUGAGCUCGGCGUCCGCGCCAUGCCUACCUUCAUCUUGUUCAAGGGCGGCAAGAAGGUCGAGCAGGUCGUAGGCGCCAAUCCCCAGGCCUUAAAGCUGGCUAUCCAGGCGUCGGUUGAGGGAGACGAGUGUGCGCCUGAGACGUAG